UACGCCAGCUCUCCUAUUCUUUUGUUCUCCAUCUGCUCUGUUUUCUCUCUACCAUGGCAGAGGAUGCAAACCCCGCCGCAUCCCGAGGCGACUCGGUCCCCGAGACUACGCCAUCAGCAAACGCUGCUCCCAAUACUCCUGGGUCUCCACGCCCUGAGAAAGAUGAGCAGGCCGAUGUAAAAAAGCCUGAAGACGCGUCGGCCGGAACAGAUGCUGCGGCUUCUGAAAAACCCGAACCCGCUGCUACGGACGCCUCAACAGACGCUGCCAAGCCUGGGUCAGCCGCUGAAACACAAGAGCAAAAGACGGACGACAGUGCUGCUCCGGCGGAAGAGACUGCUGAAACCGCUUCUCCCACCGCAGAUCGCGCCAACGGGACACCCGCUGCGUCUAAAAAAUCGAAUGCCGCAAAACGCAAGUCAACCGGGGGCGACACCAAGGGGAAGAAAUUGAACAGGAAGAAGUCUUCUGCUCGAAUUACACACCUCGAUGCCAAACCUGGAGAAUACUACAUGGCUCGUCUGAAAAGCUACGCUCCCUGGCCAUCGAUAAUCUGUGAUGAGGAGAUGCUACCGCCCUCACUUUUGUCGACGCGUCCGGUUACUACGAAGCAGCAGGAUGGCACGUACAGGGAAGCUUACAGUGAUGGGGGCAAACGGGUGCACGAGCGCACGUUUCCCAUUAUGUUCUUGUACACUAAUGAAUUCGCCUGGAUUCCAAACACAGACCUCACACCCCUCGACCCAGAGUCCUGCAAAGAUGUAAAUGAGAAGGGAAAAACGAAGAACCUGAUUGAAGCCUACCACGUAGCUGCCGAGAACCAUGAUCUUCAAUACUUUAAAGAUAUGCUUGCCGACCAUCAGCGGGCAUUGGAGCAGGACCAAGAGGAACGUGAAGCUCGCGCGGCAGCAAAGGCAGCGAAGCAAGAGAAGAAAAAGCGGAAGAGCAUGGAUGUAGCUGAUGAGCACGAAGACGAGGCAGCAGAGACAGGAGCUGAGAAACGAAAGACCACGAAGAAACGGAAGAAGGAUGGUGAGAGCGAAGCUGAGAGCGACAAGCCCGCAAAGACCCCGAAAACUGCCACUAAACUUAAGUUGACCACGCCCAAGACUCCCGCGACCGGUGAGCCAGGCAAGAAACCUGCAGCCAAACCAGCUAAAACGAAGGCCACCAGUGCCAAAAAGAGCAAAAAGGAAACAAAGGCAACAAGUGAUGAAGAUACUACUGAAGCUCCAAAGGAAGCUGAGGUUGAGAAGCCGAUUGAUCCACAGGAAGCGAAGCUGAAGAAGGAGAAAGAAGUUCUCUAUCUUCGCCACAAACUCCAAAAAGGGUUCCUCACACGUGACCAGGCUCCCAAAGAAGAGGAAAUGGCGUCAAUGUCUAACUUCAUCCAGAAACUGGAAUCAUAUGUCGACCUUGAGGUCAGCAUCAUCCGCACAACCAAGAUCAACAAAGUGUUGAAGGCCAUUAUCAAAUUGAACUCGAUCCCCAAGGACGAGGAAUUCAAUUUCCGCGGCCGCUCCAUAAACAUCCUGAACAAAUGGAAGACCCUGCUAGAUUCUGAUAUCCCCCCGCCAAAGGAGAAGGAAGAACAGGAGCCUGAGCCUAAACCAAAGGCAAAUGGCCACAACCAGGUCAAUGGGCGGAAGGCGGAAGAGGUGACUGAAGGGGAUGAUGAGGCUGCUGGUGGUACUACUUCCACUCCCCGAGCGGAUGAAGAUGAGCCUAUGCCAGAUGUCCCAGCGGAAGUAGGGGCCAAGGCCCAUGGUGAGAGGUCAGGUUCGUCUCCUGCUGAAGGGGAAGCGGAGGCUGUGGAGGCUUGA